UCACUUCACCUCACUCUCCCACUUCUCUUCUCAGUCUCAGUCGGUCCUGUGCUCGUGCCUGUCGUGCAUCGCCAUGCGAGGACCAAGCAAAGGACGUUUGUGUGCAGUGUGACGUGAAGAGACAGACAGUGAAAUGAAAAAGCCGACUUGAAUUCAUUUCCCCUGAUAUUUGCGAGUUAUUCGAAAACAAAAGCGAAUCAACAGUUGGUUCAUGGCUUCGGCUCCAGGAACCAGAAUUCCUCCUAAAUCCUGUGCUCAGCGACAUGCAGCGAGUCCAGCUGUCGGUACGGGCGCUAAGGCCCGCCCUGCAGCGCAGCCCCCUGUGUGACCUUGGCGUCGCCGGAGCCGCGAGCGACGCGAGCGGGGACGAGUCGGACGAGUUCAAGGAUGAGGAGGAGCCCGCUCCCCCGGAGCCCCCUGACCGCGGCGCCCGCGCUCGUGGUGGUGGCGCCCCGCUGCCGCCCCUGGCGCCCUGGCCGCCGCUGCCACCACCAAUGCCGCCGCUACCCAAGGAGGCGCCCCCCGCGCUGCCGCCCCUGCCGCCCCUGCCAGCGUCACCGCCCCUCGACGAGAAUCACAACAAGCCGAAAGGUGGUGUGAUCUGGGACGACGACAUGGGCUUGGAGUCGCUUGGGGACGCCCUCAACAGGGAGAAAGAGCUGAUCGCCCGCUGGGACAUGGCGGACCUGGUGGUGCUCUCUGACCUGAAGGACGACGUCGAGGCCGCCUCCCCGUCCAGGAAGCCCCCGGCCACCCCGGAGCCGCCCGGCUGGCCGCGCUCCGGCUCUGACUCGAGGAGCGCCAAGGGGUCUGGAACUUCGGCGUGCAGCCGGAGCGGCAGCAGGAAGCGAAGCCGCAGCACGAGCCGCAGUAAGAGGUGCAGUCGGAGCCGAAGUAGGAGCCGCUGCAGGAAGCGCAGUGCGAGUCCCAGCCCUACCAGGAGACGGAGCCGCAGCCGCAGCAGGAGGCGAAGCCGCAGCCGCAGCAGAAGGCGCAGCCCCGUCGGCAGCUCCGACGGACGCAGAGGCCGACGACGCCGACGCCGCCGUCGUCGCAGCUCCAGUAGCAGCAGCAGAAGUUUGAGCCGCAGCAGAAGCCGGAGCAGAAGCCGUCUGAGCAGCCCCAGCCCCAGUCGCAGCCGCGGGCCGGGUCGGGGAUGGCGCGGGGCGCGAGGCCGCGGACGGAGCCGCCACCGCUCCGGGGACUCUCGCGGCCGACGGAGUCGAAGCCGCAGCACCUGCAUCGUGUCGCGCUCCGUCGUGGAUGUCAAGCGCGGCCGCGGCGCCGCCCCGUCAGCCAGGGGCGGCCGCGGCGACCUGCUCCGGGUGGCCGUCGCCGCCGUCGCCGCUGUCGCCGCGCCCGCUCGCUCCCGGUCGCCGCCAUCUCAGUCGUCCUCGCGCUCGCCGCCCUCCUUGCCGUCUACACGGCCUAGCAGCGCCGAGGGCACGACGGGCUUCACCAUGCAGAACGACGCCGACACCGUGGAGGAGUUCGACCUCCAGGACAGGCUGGUGAAGGGAGCCUGGCGCAAGAGCGGCGGCAGGCGGCCGACGCCCUGCAAGAUGUGCAUGAACCACGGCCUGCUGCGCAUGUUCGUGGGCGCGCACCGGGCGCACUGCCGCUACCUCGGCUGCGCCUGCGACCUCUGCGUGGAGAGCCGGCGCCGGCUGGGCUCUUCGGAGGGCAAGCUCAUCAAGUGCACCAUGUGCGAGAACCACGGCGAGGACGUCCUCUUCUCCCAGGAGCACAAGUUCCGGUGCAAGUACUUCAAGUGCAUGUGCCGCCUAUGCCGCGGCGUGCGCACCCGCUUCAAGGCCCAUAUGCAGAACAAGACGCUGUGUCCGCUGUGCGAGCGCCACCAGGUGUUCACUUUUGAUGACAACGUGCACCUCAAGUUGUGCAGGUUCCGCGGGUGUCGCUGUCACCUCUGCCAGGCGGCGUCGCCCCCGCACCGGCUCGGCCUGGUGGCAUCGUACGGCAGCGACGGUGACUCCAGGGACGGCCUCGAGGGGCCGCUCUCCAGGAAGGGUCGAGACAGCCCGGAUCCUGGAGAAGCAGAACCGCCUCCUCCUGGUGUGGAUGAAGAGCCGCCCGGGCCCUUAGUGACUCUCCCGGGUAUGGACAAGUAUCGUGACGUCACUCCCUCUCCUAGCCCGGAUGCAGAUGAAGAUGUUGCCCCGACUGAAGUGGAUGCAACCAACAAAGUCGCUUCCUCGGCGACGAAUCAGGGGGAAGGAAUUGGAAGUGAGGCGACGCCCCCAACAAAGAGUGAUCCCGGGGAAAGGAACAGCAGUGCUGGGCCCUUCUCAGGUCUGGAGGAAACCGUCGACGCCAUUUCAGAAUUUUUGCGCAAUUCUGACAGCGGCCCAAUGUCACCGUCUCCAACUACCGCAGCCCAUCACAAUGAAGACACGGAUGACACUCUUGAAAAUAUUGAUUUGGAGGCCCUGCUUGACGACUUGAUGGAAGAAGAUGCACCCGCUGAGGAGCACACCUCCCCAAAUGUGUCCUCCCAAGCCUCACCAAGUAUCUCGCGCACUAAAUCUGAAACUACCCCCUCACUUCCCAGCCUUAAAACGACGAUGCCGUCCACGCCUCUGCGUUCUAGCUCGCAACGGAGUUUGGAGCCAAUGCUAGGGAAACCUAGUGAAGACUCACCCUCCAGUGACAACAGUUACCGGUUGCGGUUGACACCCUCGCCUGACGAGAGGCACUCAGGGACAGAGAGCUUGCAUCAGUCUCACGGCGGCGCCUCUUCCAACCUGGUGGUAUUCGAGUUGGAGGCAUCCCUAGAUGAUGACGACGAGGAGGACCUCGACCUGGACGACACCCUCUCUGAUCGGCUGGUGAUCGACCUUGACGCUGCGUCGGACCUGACAGUGACACCGGCGGGCACGCCCACGCCGCUGGACGAUGCUGCGAGGGUGAGCCCCUCUAGGAUGAUUCCGGACCCUACAACAAAGACUGAAUCCUCCGCGGUCACGGCCGAGGCCAAGACCGAGCCGGGCGGGACUGCGCAAACCUCGCCCGCAAACCAGCGAUAUUGCGCUUUUUGCCGGAACCACGGCAAGUUGCGGGUGCUCAAAGGCCACAAGACGUCGUGCGAGUACCGUCAGAAGUGCAAGUGUCCUCCCUGUGAGAAAAGGUCCCAACAAAACCAGCGACUGGCCUCCGGCCAACCAUCUCCGCGGGGGAGGGGGCGUCCCCGUAUCCGCGAUGUCGGUUUCGGUGGCAUUCCCCGCACCGUUGAGAGUUCUCAGGUUCAUCUUGGAGACCAAAUAUCUCAGGAGGCUAAAAUAAAAGUUGAGGAUUACGGAGUCACACCAGUUUCAGUGAAACUAGAAGAGAUUAACUCAGUUCUUGUAAAGCAAGAUGAGAGUAACGCCAAGACAAAGGACCCAGAAGACAUUCCUUUAAUUUUCCGAUUACAAAGUAGCAUUAAUGAAAAGAUAAAGAAAUUGGGUAUCAAACCCUUGAGUGAUAACCUAGAUGUAAAACCCACAGAAUCAAUGAAACUUGAAGAUAAGCCACUCUAUGUUAGACUUCAAGAAUUUAGGAUGAAGUCAAAGGACAACGCAAAGCCUGGGCCAUUAUGUAGUAAACUCUUAAAAAAGACAAUUAAGAAAAAGAAAAUUAAGUCAUCUCCAGCUGACAAGAGUCAAAAAGAAGUGAAAUCUCAACCAUUAGUUGGAAUUCCCUCCGAUCAAAUAGCUAAAGUCUGCUCCGAAGUACAAUCUCAAGCUUUAUACAAAGAAACCAAAGUAAUGUCAAGUAAUAAUGCCAAAGAAGAUAAAUUUAAAUGUGAAACCUUAAAUGAAUCUAAAUUGGUUUCUGCAAAGGUCGAUGAAUGCAUGGAACCACUGAAAAAGAUAAAAGUAAGUCCAGAAUCAGGAACCAAAUCAACAAAAUUUCAAGUUAUCACAAUACUGAACAAUACAGUAAUAGGGAAAGUCACUGUACGCAAUGAGGCUGAAAUGUUAGCCACCCCUGAAGAUUUUUCCGAACCCAAAAUGUUAGAAAAGGUUUCAAAUAACAUUAGUGCUCUCCCUCUUGAGCACACUCACAGCUUGUCACAAUUAGAGCAUCUAGCUGUGUCCCCACCAUCAGUCCAAAGCUCCCCUCAGGCCCUGCUGCGGAAACAAGCCACUCCUACCACCCCAACUAGUCCAAUGGAUUUGAGUGUUGCUCGGAGCUCUCAAUAUACUUUGAGAUCUCCUGAAGUUACAGUACUCUCACCUCCUGACGCUAAGCCCCGGCUUCCCCUGAAGUUGAAGCUGAAGUUGACGGCGAGCCCGUCGAGUUCACCACAGGAUCGUUCAUCACCAUCUAGUACAACAUCUGCACCUAAAGUGUACUGCGUCGUACCGUCUGCUUCUGCACCGUCACCGAGUGAACCUGAACCCCAAGCCAUCCCAGCCUGUGUUAGUGCGCCGCCAGCCUUCCCACCCUCUGCCAAAGUACCUCAAUCGAUCCCACCCUCUGCAAAUGCACCUCAAUCCCUCCCACCCUUUUCAAAUGCACCUCAAUCCCUCCCACCCUUUUCAAAUGCACCUCAAUCCCUUCCACCCUCUGCAAAUGUACCUCAAUCCCUUCCACCCUCUGCAAAUGUACCUCAACCCUUCCCAACCUGUUCAAAUGUGCGUCAAGCCCACAUACCCUCUUCUAACGUACAUCAACCUUUCCCACCCUCUUCAAAUGCCUCUCAUGCCUUCCCAGCCGCUACUAAUUCGCAUCAACCUCUCGCGACGUCUGCGAGUCCAAACUUCACGGGGUCUGCAAGUCUUCCUCAAGCCUACAAGCCUUCAACGAGUGCCCCUCCAGCCUACUUCUCCUCACCGGUGUCUCAGGUGCCUCCAGGCAGGGCCACGGCGUCGUCUGCGCCCCCAUGCUUCGGCCCCGCACCUUCUGCCACCGCCCGGCUCUCUGCCUGCGAGGCCGAGUCUGCGCUGCCCGAGCUCGUCGACCUGGAGGACGUGUUGGGGGUCGGCGAUGGCACGCUGGCGGCCGCGGCCAAACCUGUCCCGGCGCCGAGCACGGUGGCGGCGGGGACGUGGAAGGUCCCGGCGGCGCCCGUACCACAGGUCGCCGCUCGCCGGGCGCAACAACUCGCCUCCUGGGGAAGUGUCAAGAAGUCGGCCGACCCCAUGGCCUCGCUGGCCAGGAUGGCGGCCUCUUGGGGCGGCAGCGCGGCGGUUGUGCCUUCGAUCCCCGCCAGCCCGGUCGGCCCUGGGCCGCCCACGUUCAGGGCGCCCGCUGCACCCGCCCCGGCGCGGCCCUGGGAGUCGACUUCAGUGAUCAUUAACAAAACCCACCCUUGCGGCGACUGCGGCCUCAGGCAGCCAUCUGCCCUCGCCGCGGCGCGGCACCGCGUCGACCACCACACGGCGUGCACGAGGCGAGAGUGCGACAAGUGCAGCGGCGUGUCCUGGAGUAAGCUGCAGAGUGACGUCCACCAAGCGCUGGCGCACCCGCCGGGCGUGCAGCACCGCUGCCCCGUGUGCGCCGCCUGCUUCCCCUCGGACGUGAUGCUCACCACCCACCUGCUGACCAUGAAGGACCCCCCUCACGUGGACAUGCGCUCAAGCCUGCCCGCGGAGCAGGCCAAACUCACCUGCCCCAUCUGUUGGAGGUUCCGAGCCAAGGACCCCAAGGUGCUGGGCAGCCACGUUCGCCUGGAGCACGCCAACUGCACGCCCUUCGCCUGCGACGAGCCGGGCUGCAGCUUGGCCUUUGACGCGCCCUUGGCUCUGCAGACGCAUCGACAGAGGCACAACCUGGACAACGCUCAGGAGCGCUGCCUGGCAUGCUGCGUGCCCUUCGUGACGCGGGAGCUGCUCAACGACCACUGGCGGCAGAAGCACUCCGGCGUCUCCCCCUUCGCCUGCCCGUUGUGCUCCAAGUCUUUCCGCGCGCCUGCCGGCCUCACCCAGCACAUCCGAAGGCAGCACCCCGGCAGCACUCCCUUCCGAUGCCGCGAGGAGGGCUGCAACCGCAGCUUCCCCUGCGUCGCGCUCCUGCACGAGCACGCCUGCGAGAGCAGGCACAUGUCCCUGCCUGCGCCCAGCCACCUGUUCACGCAGCCCAAGCUGUGGCAGCCCCAGCUCGACCCUGUCAGCAGCGCCGCCACCAGCACGCCCAGCACCUGCUCCGUGUGUCCGGCGUCCCUGCCCGACGAGUGGUCCCUCAUUGACCACCAGGAUGUGGAGCAUAUGAACUUGGUGCCCAUAGCGCGUGCGACUCAGCUGCUCUCCUUGACAAGAGAUGCAGAACUUCUGCGUCCCCGGCAAGGGUAUUUUCCCCCCUCUCCUUAUGCUUCUGACUCUGUAACUACCUCGCGUGCACCGUACUCCACUGCACAAACAAGUGUGCAACCCCAGGUCCAGCCCCAAAUCACACCCCAUUACUCAUCCCAAUCCCAAGACCCAUCCCAACCCCAAAUCCCACCCCAUUACCCAUCCCAACCCCAAAUCCCACCCCAUUACCCAUCCCAACCCCAAACCCAACUUCCUAGUUUUACUAACCGACCAGUCUUUGCGCAACCACCGCAAACUUUUGUUCAAUCUACCUCUUAUGUACAAACUGCUUCUUUUGUACAACCCCCUUUGUACUCUGAGUUUAAGCAAACUUGAUUGUAAUUAUAUUGUAGCAAUAUUAAUAUUGUACAGUAAUAUUAUUGUUUUUUGUUUGUAAAGGAAUUUUAUUAUACAUUAAUGAGCCUGUA